UGACAACCUGUGCCCCAACUCCCGCAGCCCCCUCCCCACACCUUGCACCCCAAACCACCACAUCCUCCUCUUCAUGCCCCCGCACCCCGUCCCCUGGACCGAGCGCACCCCAAUCACUGGCUGGGCAGGGUGCUGGCAGAGCCCCCCCUGGGAUGUCCCCCACCCUGUCCCCAGCAGUUGGUGGUUGGGGGUGUCACAAGACUGUGGUUGGGGACACGUGUCCCUGUCACUGAUAUAAGGGUGGCAGUGGGUAAAGCCCCCUGAAGACCCAGGUGAGCAGUGGAGACAGGGGCAUGGGAGUGGGCUCAGCCCUCAGCUGCCAGGGGCGCUAGUGGUGUUCCCAGUGUCUCUGUGCCAUGUGGCCCUGCCUGCUGAUUGCCCUGGCCCUGCUGGGCACAGUUCCUGUCAGCUGCUCUGCUCUUGCCAGCCCUGCAGUGGAGGACGAGGAGGAUGUGACAGAGCUGGAGAUGCCCAAGGAGUACAGCGGGUGCCUGGGGGCCAGAGACAAGCAGGCACUCAGUGUCCCCAUCAUGCCGGGCACCGCCACCUGCCGCUACGUCGUCAUCUCCCAUCCCCGAAGCUUCCGUUGUGCGCAGCACAUCUGUGCCCGGCGCUUCCACGGGCACUUGGCCUCGAUCCACGAUUCCCGCACCAACAGCUUCCUGCUGCUCCUGGCGCGCCAGCGCUCCAUUGCUGGUGAGGUCUGGAUCGGUGCCGUCAGCCAGCCCGCUCAGACCCCAAUCCCGAGCUGCCACUGGACUGACCGGAGCCCCUGGAACUACAGCCGGUGGAUUCCCGGGCACCCCCUGCCCGGCCACCGCUUCUGCACCGCUGUCUGCACCAACGAUGGGCUCUGGAGGAGCGUGCGCUGCAAGAAGCGGCUACCCUUCAUCUGUGAGAUAUGAGUGGCUCAGCCCCCCUGGAUACCCCCAGGCCUUCCCCACAUCUGCUCCCCCCCGGGGGGCUGCACCCCCUCCUUUGGAGUACAAUAAAGUCUUGCUGUCGGCACCCA